UCAACAACAGACAUGGCGGACCACACGAACUGUCGCGGCAACACCAACAGGAGUCGCCAGGGACCAGCUUCGCCGAAGACCACUUCGCUUUUCAUCGAGACCAGAAUCGAGCAGGCCAUGGAGCUCGUCAAGUCCCAUCUGGUGCACGCGGUCAGGGAAGAAAUGGACUGCAUGAGAGACACCAUCGUGCAGCUGAAAAUGCGAGUCUCUCAGCUGGAACAAGAGAACGCUGCCUUACGAAGCAGUGUAAACAACAGAAAGCCUCGACGGUACAGCACAAUCAGCCGCUGUACUUGAAUUCGUUUACCUAUUGUGUUUUGUUCUUUCAUGAUUAACAGGUGUCUCUCCAUGUGAAUAUGUUUGGCUUCUUCCGUUGGCAAGUGUCUUGAUAAUCUCCAGUUAUUACUUUCAAGAAAUUAGAUAACUAAACGUAGAGAUCGUUCGU